AUGCAGGAUUCUAAAGGUGAACAGGAUGCAAUCUCACGCACUCCGCAUCUACCGCCAUUUUUGAGUGAGAAACCAACAUUGUGGUUCACAAUAGUCGAUGGAAUAUUUUCUCGAUGCAUCAUCAUCAAUGACCUGGCUAAAUAUGAAUAUGCAAUAGCUCACUUAGAAUGCAAAUAUUUACUCCAAGUAGAAGACGUAAUAAACUCUCCGCCUGCAGAGAAUAAAUACAUAAAACUAAAGGAGGAAUUAAUCAAAAGGCUAUCAAUUUCCGAACGGCAAAGGAUAAGACAAUUACUUCUGCAAGAAGAACUUGGUGAUCGAAGUCCUUCUCAGUUCCUACGUCACCUUCGUUCGUUGACUCAACAAAUAUUGCAAACACAGAUCAAUGCAGACCUAGAAGAACUUGCAUCGCUCGCCGACAAAAUAUGUGAGAUUGCACAACCGCCAGUAAUUCCAACAACUAGUAACAACCAACAGCAAGACACCAUACAAAUACUAAUUGAUAAAAAUGAUCCACAAACACAGCGUGUGGAAGAUCUUACAGAGCAAUUAGCCAAGUUUACCUAUCGUAGCACACUCAACCUAUCAGCAAAGUGCUUCUAG